AUGUGAGAUAGAGGCUUGGAAGAUAAGGAUAAAAGUAAUGAAAAUGCAAAUCAGCAGAAAGGAGCAAGCAAGCUUAAAAUUCCUGACAAGACUUUUAAUAACCCACUGAUUUCGAAGGAUUUAUUUUUCAGUGAAAGUAGAAGAGAGCAGGAAGAAAGUAAUGGAUUUGUGAUUAAACCUAUACCAGUUGAAAUGAGUAUGAGUAUGAGUAUAAGCAUGAGCAUGAGCAUGAGCAUGAGCAUAGAUAAUAUAGAACCUGAGCCGAUUCCACAGGUUAAAAUAUCGAAUAGCAAAGAAAUUACCUCACAAAAUAAUUCAAUAUUUUUCAAGGAAGACAUAGGAAAAAGUUCUCAAGGUAUUAGAAUGCCCAUAGUGAUCCCUAAUGCAAGUAUUCAAGAUCCAGUUGAUAAUAUUAGAAGUAAUUACAUACAAAAUGCAGAUUAUUCUUUAGAAGACUUAAGCUCUUCGAAUAUUUAUUCUAUGCAAAAAGAGCAUAUUCUCUUACUUGCUCCUUUAAAAUGGACCAAAAUCAUAAAAUUCCCCUUUUUGGAAUAAAUUAAACUCUCUUUAAAACUCAAGCUUAAUUUUAUUUGCUAUAGGUAAAAAAUAAUAGUUUCUAUGUAAUAGUUUUAUACAGGUUUAAUAUUGCUGAAAUAAAAUUUACUCAAAACAAAUUAUAUAUAAUUUCUUUAAAAUUGGAAAAAAGUUUUUUAAAGAGAGGUCGAAAUAAACACAAAGCAAACUAUUGAAAGCUUAUUAAAUUCAUCAAUAACCCAAAUUAAAGCUUUAUCCGAUUUGCAGGAUGAAUUAAUGGGGAUAUAUAGGGAUACUCCAAAUUCUGAUCAUGAACUCAUAUCGAAACUAAAUAAAUUUAAAAACGGCUUGAGAGAAUUGUGUAACAAAAAAUUUAAAAAAAAUCAUAAAGAAAAUCGGCAUUUACAGAAAAUAUUAAAAGAACAAAAUAUUCCUGCUUCCCGUCCAAAAAAGAGGAAAGGGCCUGCUAUUGAAGAAUCAAAAAUAGACUUAGAGCCUGCUCCUUACAGAGAUCUUGCUCUUAAACUGAACAAGAACUCAGUUUCUAUUUAUGACCCAUUGAUAAAUAAAAAAAUAAACAAAUUUAAAUGAGAAAAAGAAGUUGCAGGAUCUGCUGUUCUUUUUACUGAUCAUAAUAGUAUUUUGCAUAUUGGCGGAAAUGAAAAUAAGCAUGAAGAAAUCGAUAUAGCUACAGGAGAAAAAAAAUAUUUACCUUCCUUGCCUGAGCAAGUGCAAUUUCACUGUAUGGCAUAUAUUAAUGGAUAUGCAGCUGUCAUUGGAGGUUUUACUAUGGAAUCAUCUUCAAAUAAAGUUUAUAUCCUUAAGGAUGAUCAAUGGGAAGAAUUUGAUCCUCUAGUAGCCAAAAGACAUGCUGCUUCAAGCAUCAAUGUAAAUAAAAUGGUCUUUGUAUUUGGAGGCAUAUCCACACAGAAAGGAGUAGUAAAAUCAAUAGACAUGUGAAGCUCAAGGUGAAAAUUACUGAAUAUCUUACAGCCAAUUUUUAAACUAAACGUAGGCCUAUGCCUAUAUGGUGGUGAAAUCAUUAUAUUUGGAGGGAAAUCAGGAUGAAAUGAUAUUGGCACAAGGGAUGUGUGGAAAUUUGACUAUAAAACAAAUAAGGUGAGUAAGCUUGAGCCUUUAUAUUUUGAUUUUUUUGCAAAAUCUGGGAAUGAAUGUGUAUUGAGCGGGAAUAUAGUUUACUUAUUAAAGAAGAAUGAAUUUAACGAAUACUCACUGCUAGAAAAUAGCUAG